AUGGAUAAUGUGUCUAAUGUAAGAAUUUUCAUUCUGGUAGGAUUUAAUGAGACAACGAAUUACAGAGUACCCCUCUUGUUAGCCACCUUACUUUAUUACUGUGUGAUUUUAAUUAUCAAUAUCGCUCUUAUACUGCUUAUUGUCUUGGAUGAAAACCUGCAUGAACCUAUGUACAUUUUACUGAGCAGCUUCUGCAUUAAUGCACUUUAUGGGUCCACAGGUUUCUACCCAAAAUUCUUUUUAGAUUUACUGUCGUCUUCUCACAGAAUCUCAUAUGAAGGUUGUCUUUUACAAGCUUUUAUCAUGUACUCAUUUGCCUGUAGUGAUUUGUCCAUUUUAGCUGUUAUGGCCUUUGACAGGUAUCUGGCUAUAUGUCGACCUCUGCACUACCACUCUUUCAUGACUAAGAGGAGGCUCUCUCAGCUGGUGUGUUUCUCCUGGCUAACACCUUUCUGUAUUUUCUUUAUGAAUAUCCUGAUAACGUCAAGACUGAAGUUAUGUGAUAUAAAGAUUCAGAGAGUCUUGUGUCUAAACUGGUUAAUUAUUAAACUUGCUUGUCCUGAAGCUGACACCUUUAGAAAAAACAUCAGUGCAUAUGUAACAUUUAUUGUUUAUCUGUCUCAUUGGCUUUUUAUAGUUUGGACUUACAUGCAUCUUAUUAAAACAUGUGUGAGGUCCAGAGAGGACAGGGUAAAGUUUAUGCAGACCUGUGUGCCCCACCUGAUCUCUUUGAUGACUUUCCUUUUUGUUUUAGUUUUUGAUCCAGUGUACAUGAUAUUUGGCUCUACACGUUUACCUCAAAGCCUCCAAAACUUCAUCACUAUUGAAUUUCUCAUCAUCCCUCCAGUUAUGAAUCCUCUCAUAUAUGGAUUUAAACUCACCAAAAUACGAAACAGAAUUUUGGGUUUAGUUUGUUUUAAAAGAAAAUCAAUCCCUUCAAAAUUAAGAGUUUCUUAA